AGCAGGAUGGAUGUUCUGCGGCCCACCCUGAUAAGGAUUGGAGGGCGAGUAUACAGGAAGAAUCUCAUUCAAGAGCAGGCCUGCCAGCACGAGGAGGAGGAGGAUUUCUGUGCAGGCCCCGGUGACUGCGCAGACGAACCCUGUGAUGCCUUUGUGGUGGAAGAGACUGAGAAAGGCUUCCAGUGCAGAGUGGAGGUUCCCAGCCCGUUAUACAAGUACAUCAUUGGGAAGAAAGGGGAAACCAAGAAGAGGCUAGAAACAGAGACUCGAACCUCCAUCAGCAUUCCCAAGCCUGGAGUGGACGGAGAAAUUGUGAUCACAGGGCAGCAUCGCAGCGGUGUCAUUUCUGCCCGAACGCGGAUCGAUGUUCUCCUGGACAGCUUCCGUAAGAAGCAGCCCUUCACACACUUCCUGUCCUUCGCUCUCAACCAGCCUGCCAUCCAGGAAAGGUUCCUACAGUUCAAGGAGGAAGUGCUGGAGAAAUGCUCAAAGGAUCACGGGGUCAGCAGCAGCUUGUUCCAGAACCCUGCAAAGCUUCACCUGACUCUUGGGACGCUGGUACUUCUGAACGAGCAAGAGAUCCGGAAAGCAUGUGACCUCCUACAGCGAUGCAAAGAGGACUUUGUGGAGUAA